AUGCUCUAUCUUGCUCCAGCUGUUGUCAUUGUUCUUGAACGCUCGUUCUAUAUUUGGGACCAGCAACGCCAUCUUCAGGCCCAACAGGAGUGCGUCAACCCUAUUGACGCUGCUCUGGAGCAGUUCAAGGCGUCUUCGAAUGCAGCUGCCGUCAGGGAAGCUGUGAGCACUGCUGUGCGAAGAUAUAGAUUUUUGAAGACUGUGAACUUGUUGACCCCGCCUUAUCUGCUGGGGCUAUCUUUCAGUUCUGAGAUAACGGAGUUACUCGACACAGUUGCUGAAGCCACUUUUCAGCAUCGCCUACCAAGAUCAUAA